UUUCGACUCUUUUUCACGGUAGCGGCCCGUCUGCGAGGGUGCCGACCACGGAUUUCAGAUUGAAAUUCGCCCAAAAUGGGUAUCGACAUCUGCCACAAGAACGAGCGUAAGGUUGUUCGCCGCAACCCGAAGAGCGACAAUGUCUAUCUUCGGUUGUUGGUGAAGUUUUACCGCUUCCUGGCUCGCAAGACGGACGCGAAGUUCAACAAGAUCAUCUUGAAGAGACUUUACAUGAGCCACAUCAACCGUCCUCCGAUGUCGACUUCAAGAAUCGCAAAGCUCAUGAAGAGGCCAGGACGUGAGGGCAAGAUUGUGGUCGUUGUUGGAACCAUUACGAACGACACCCGCCACUACGACAUGCCUAAGGUCACCGUUGCUGCCCAGCGAUUCACCGAGGAAGCCCGCAAAACCAUCAUUCGGGCCGGAGGUGAAUGCAUCACUCUCGAUCAGUUGGCUCUUCGUGCUCCGAGAGGGGAGAAGACUGUUCUACUUUCCGGAAGGAGAACAGCCCGUAAAGCAUGCCGUUACUUCGGUCCGGCUCCUGGUGUGCCAGGAAGCCACACUCGUCCCAGAGUCAUCUCUAAGGGACGCAAGGUUGAACGCGCUAGAGGCCGAAGGAAGUCCAGAGGCUUCAAGGCCUAAUUCGAGGUUGAAUUUUUCGACCGGAGAAUAAAGGAUCGAAAGAAAAC